UAUAGUUAGCAGCACUGAGUAUCCUCGUUCCUUUUCACGUCGGUUGAUUCAAGCGUACUUGGUGCUGUUGUAAAUAAAUUACAGAUCGCAGCAAUGGUGCGUAUGAAUGUUUUAAGCGAUGCUCUGAAAUCCAUUAAUAAUGCCGAGAAACGCGGCAAACGGCAGGUGUUGUUGAGACCCUGCUCUAAAGUAAUUGUUAAAUUCCUCACCGUCAUGAUGAAACAUGGUUACAUUGGAGAAUUUGAGAUUGUCGAUGAUCAUCGUAGUGGGAAAGUAGUAGUUAAUCUUACCGGAAGGUUAAACAAAUGUGGUGUUAUCUCGCCUAGAUUUGAUGUACCCAUCAAUGACAUUGAGAAAUGGACCAACAAUCUUCUCCCUUCUCGACAAUUUGGUUUUGUCGUGCUGACCACCAGUGGAGGAAUCAUGGAUCAUGAAGAAGCAAGGAGGAAGCAUCUGGGAGGGAAAAUACUUGGAUUUUUCUUCUAAAUUUUUUAAUUAAAUGAAUAUAUAACAAAAUAGUA